AUGGAUAUAUCUCAGUUAGAUUCAAGAAACUACCGCGCCGAUGAGGAUCCAGACAGCUACCAAGGACAGGCAAAUGAGAGCCAAGCUCAUUUGCUGAGAGAGAACAAUGGCGCUGGUGAAGAUAUUGGCGAGGCCAUGAGUUAUAUUGUAUCUAGGCUGAAUAUAAAGAACGAAUGCUCCUUAGAGGAAAUUACGCUGGUUGAGAGCAACCGUGAAGAUGAUGGAACCACGCUUCAGUCGGGUAUAAGAAGCCACCAUUCCAAUGAGCGAAAUACAAACGUCACUGAAAGUCAGGGUAAUAAUACUCACUCACUAGGUGAAGAAACUGGGUCUGAAUAUGGUCAUUGUUGCUUUUCUCCCUCAGAAGUUACUGCCCCGAGCGCUGGGAAAUUAUACAUGUGA